AUGUCUUCACCGGGAGCUCUGUGUGGUAUGGGAUGUUGCCACAGCAAAACAAAUACAGAGACUGGACGGCCACACCUCGAGGUGAGACUUUCUUCUAAGCUGGAAUGGGUCAUUCAAGCUUCCAGGGUUCUUGGUGUGGCAUGGGACCCUCGAGAUCGCUAUAUCUGCACGACCAGUGCUGACCGCACUUGCCGAGUAUGGGCUCGGAAUAAACGGAAGAGCUUCUAUCCAAAGGCGGUGGUUCGGACGUACGACGCUAAGGUUAUGGCUAAGGAGGCCGAUAAUGUGAAUGAGGCUCUGGAGCCGGGGACAGAGGACUCCGUGCCGGCCUCGUUGGCUGAGAGGACGGUUCGAGAAAAGAUCUUCAUCAACGAUAGUCACUAUGCUCACGAUGCUACCGCCCAUUUCUUCCGUCGACCCAGCUUUUCACCGGAUGGUCGGUUGCUGUUGGUCCCAGGCUGCCUCACGCCGCACGGUGACUACGGUUGUCUAGUCCUGGCCAGGGGCGAUGGCUUCUCGAACCCUGCUGCCAUCAUCAACUCUGGCUCUGUGUCGCCCACUGUCUGUUCGAGGUUCUUCCCCUCCCCGGUCCGAUCCUCUGACCAAUCAUCUCACUACGUAUUCAGUGUGGGUACCGCUGCUGCCCAGCUAGUGUUGUAUGAUACGACCGUCUUCUCUAAGGGAG